CACAACCUACGGCCACUUUGUACUUCAGCACCUGCUCCAUUCUCUUUCUCAGUGGGACUCUGGAACUGCCAGUCAGCUGUGAACAAAGCUGACUUCAUUCCAGCCUUUGCCACGCAGUCCACCCUCAGCAUCCUGGCACUGACAGAAACAUGGAUACGUCCAGAGGAUACAGCAACACCUGCUGCUCUCUCCAACAACUUCUCCUUCUCUCACACCCCUCGACACACCGGUAGGGGUGGGGGAACAGGUUUGCUCAUUCAUAACAACUGGACUUUUUCACCACACUCUUCACUAUGUAACAAUACUAGUUUUGAAUUCCAUGCUAUUACUACAGUGCAACCCACUAAAAUCCAUGUUGUUGUCAUCUAUCGCCCUCUAGGUCAGCUGACAAACUUUUUUGAGGAGUUGGAUGUCCUGCUGUCCUCCUUGCCGGAGGAUGGUAGGCCACUUGUGGUUCUUGGUGAUUUCAACAUACACCAAGACAAGCCCCAGGCCACUGAAUUGAAUACUCUCCUGGCCUCAUUUGACUUGGAAAAACUACACACCACAGCAACUCACAGAUCGGGCAACCAGCUGGACCUCAUCUUUACACGCCAGCACGUGCUACACCACCCAGCCCCUGGCUGUCUGACGUCCUUCGUGAACAUCGGACUGACCUCAGGGCAGCUGAGAGGAGAUGGCGGAAAUCUAAAGAUCCAACAGAUCUAGAACAAGCUGCUGGAUGACAAUUAGUCAGGCUUUAAAAGUAGACACUCCACC